AUGGAAAAGGAAAGAAAUUACAUGCAGGUCCAUAUCAAACAGAAUAAUCACCCAAAUAAUGCAAGAUCUGUACAGAAACAGAAACAAGCCAUCACCAUCAUUAAGGAGAAGGGUGCUGACAUAAGCAAGAAAAUACAAAAUAAACCAAAUCAAAUUCAUCAAACAAAGGAGAAACAGAAGGCUGAACCAGGUCGAUUCCCUACUAUCUCAGAGGAAGGAAAGCAACAACUCAUAAGAGAAGUCACAAUAGAUGAAAUAAAGCUAACAGUCUUUAAUACGGGAAGUUGGAGUGCUCCAGGAAGCGAUGGGCUACCUGCCAAAUUGAAACAUCACUUGAGCAGUUUGAUUGCUAAUACCCAAGCUAGCUUUGUCACAGGCAGAGUUAGUGCGGAUAAUAUUUUAAUUGCACAGGAAGUUGUUCAUACUAUGAGGACCAGGAAUGGAGGCACAAGAAUUAUGGCCAUAAAGAUGGAUUUGGAGAAAGCGUAUGAUAGGUUAAACUGGCUGUUUAUUAUUGACACGCUUAGGUAUAUUGGAAUACCGGAGGAAAUCAUCACGCUCAUUAAUCUCUACGACAUAGUCCUUUUUGCGCAAGCUAACCGGGACCAAGUUGAUGUUGUCAAGGAGGCACUAAAAAUCUUCUGUGAAUCUUCAGGACAAAAAGUCAGCCUCAAUAAGUCGUGCGUUUUCUUUUCCAAAAAUGUGAACCACAAUAUCAGAGAAGAGCUUAGCCAAGAACUAGGGAUUCCCCUCACUAGCAAUUUGGGAAAAUACUUAGGUGUUCCACUGAUCCACGAGAAGUGCAGAAGAGCAACGCUUGUUCAAUCCGUUUUAUCUUCUAUUCCAAGCUAUGUUAUGCAAACUAUGAAGGUUCUGAUCAAAAUCUGCAACAAGAUUGAUAAAAUUUGUCGAGACUUUCUUUGGGGUUCAAGUGAUCAAGAUAGAAAAAUUCACCCUCUAAGUUGGGACACUGUGUGUAAACCAAAAGAUCAAGGCGGGUUAGACAUUCGCAAAGCUCAAGAAACAAAUAAUAUUUUUCUCAUGAAACCUGCUUGGGGACUCAUGACGAAAUCUGAUAGCUUGUGGGUUAAAGUUUUCAAAGCCAAGUACAGCUGUGGUGAGAACUUGAUUCCCAAAGUCCAUCAAAAAGCCAACUGCUCAAACGCUUGGAAAGGAAUCGUGAAAGUUUAG